AAUUAAAAACACAACAUUAGUACAACAGGAUAACUACCAAACACAUCUGCAUGAAGACCAUUUUAACUGACAUAAUACCACUGUGCCAAUUCUAUGUACAAAACAAACAAAAAAACACUGCAUACAGUAGGUUAAGUUGCAAUAUUCUGCUUCGCUCAAGAAAGAUUUGCAUCACAGCAUUUUAAAGAAAACCAUCUGAUAAAAAAGGACUGGAACUGGACACAAAAUUAUUAAGAUUAUGGGUCAACUACAUACAUAAAAUAAAUUCAAUGUCUAGCAACACAUAUACAGUGGUGUAUGCAAGACCAUUCCCCAAAUCUUGACGCAGCCACUCCUUUUCAGAUAUCUGAAUACAUUGGUUAUCAGGUGAUACCACAUCAGAGGGAGUGAAAGUUGAUUUACAUAGACUUACAGUCUGUUAUUCAAAGCUUGAGUCAACUUUACAGCGUGCAACUCGUCAUUGGUCUGAAUAACUGGGAGUGAACUGUGUUUGUACGUCCAACUGAAGGAAAGACUUUGACAAUUGACUCGUGACUGGAUCAUCAAACCUUGACUUGCAGUGUUGAAAUAUCCAGGGACAACCGUGUUGGAUCAGCUCUCCACCAAUCAGAUUGUCCGUGUCCCCCUUGAUACUCAACACAUGGAACGGUGCCAUCCGUCUCUUCGUCCGCUCGCAUCCACCUGGAGACACAUUCACCUGGCUUUCUGAAGCAAACAUCAUUGCUUACAUUCACUUUCAGCUAUUUUUCAGCCCAAGAGGCCCCUGAUCUCCUGGAGAUGGCACACCUGCCUCACAGGCGCCAUGGCUACUUCCCCCAAAGGAGGGCCACCCUGUUGCCACUGGUAGCCAGGCUUAGAGUACAGCUGGCGCUGGAGGGCAUCCAAACUGAGACUGUUUCACAUCCAGCAACUGCAGCAGAGGAGCCAAGCCCCGCAGCAAGACAUGAGUCUUACCAGUCUUGUAAUGGAAAAAGCAGGGCGGCGUCUCCAUCUGAAAAACGACAAAGACAACCUGUAGAAGAUGUAGCAGCUUUAUUAAAGAGAAUAAGGAUUCAUCCAGAGGCUCAAAGGAUACUGGGUAAUUCCUGCAUACCUGUAGUGAGCUUGGAGCGUCUGAACUUCCAGUCUGUUUAUUUAUCAUCCCUGCAGCCUGUGGUGUCUCUGGUAAGACUGCCAUGCCACACACAAGUCAAGCUCCACCGUGACGCCUUCUGCUUGGAUCAGCAGAAUGGUGUCAGUCAAAAUGAGGAAAACAUUUUGAAGAUAAUAGAAGCUGAGUCCAAACCAGCAGAGUCGUCUGAUUUCAGCCAAACAGAUUCAACACUGAACUCCUGGACCGAACCUUACUGUCCCGACACCUCCUCCUCUGGAGAACCAGAGCAGGACUCAGGCUUUGACUGUGAAUCUAAUCCAGAUCAGCCGUACAUCCUGUUUGAUUCUGGAUCUGAAGAAUGGGACCCGGAUGCGAGGACCGAUUCAGAAACCUUUUAUUUGGAUCCAGAUCCGGAGCAGACCAUGGUGAUCGAGCUGGAUCCAGAGACAGAGACAGAUCAAGAUCCAUGUCUGGAGCUGGAGGAUGAAGCUGAAACUAGAUUACAAGUGAAUAUAGUUCAAAUGGAAACUAAACGUGAAGCUGAUUUUGUUCAAGUGGAAACUAAAUGUGAAACUGAUUUAGUUCAAGUGGAAACUAAAUGUGAAACUGAUUUAGUUCAAGUGGAAACUAAAUGUGAAACUGAUUUGGUUCAAGUGGACGACAUUGAGGAUCAGAAACCUGGUCCCUGCUGCUCACAGAAGGUGGAGGACUGCUCCAGUCAGCAGCCUGAACCUGGACCCGGUAUUGAGGAGAUGGAGAGUGAAGAUUUCUGUGCUGUGUGUCUGAACGGUGGAGAUCUGCUCUGCUGUGACCGCUGCCCCAAAGUUUACCACCUGGCCUGUCACAUACCUCCUCUCACCAGCUUCCCGCUAGGUGACUGGGUGUGUACGCUGUGCAGAUCUGACCAGGAGCCCGUGGAGACCUACGAAUGUGAGAACAUGAACUCCUGUGGGGGAGUCAAAGCUCCGUAUGCACUGUCCAAUCAGGACCAGAGGAGGUGUGAGAAGCUGACUCUGCUGCUGUACAGUCACACACUCAGUGCUCCUUUCCACGAACCUGUCAGUCCCCUGGCUCGAAACUACUACCAGAUCAUUAAGAGGCCCAUCAACCUGUCAGUGAUCCGCAGGAAACUGGACAAGAGCAACACGCUCCACUACUUCACCGCCGAGCAGUUCGUCGAUGACGUCCUGCUGAUGUUCAAGAACUGUGCUACUUUCAAUUACCCAGACUCAGAGGUGGCUCAGGCCGGUCGAAACCUGGAGGUGUUUUUCUUCAACAAACUGAGGGAGAUUUUUCCUGAGCGGACAUUCCCAUCGGCCAACCAGGAGACAACGGACAGAGCUCGGCUGCGGUGGCUUGGCAGGAAGAGGAAGGAAACCCACAGGAGGAAGAGACUCGUGUUCAGUGGGAAAAAAUAUUACCUGUAACUAGAUUAAACAAUACAUGCAGA